CACUUCUGUGACUCUCCCCACUUCGCACUCCCCACUUGCAUCGCUUUUUUUUUGUUGUGUGUAACUCUCUCCCAUCUCCUCUGACUCUCCCCCUCCCUCGCCCUUCCCCCUUGCAUCUCUCUCUCCUUUCUCUCUCUCCCCUCUCUCUCUCUCCCCUGCCAGCCCGCCCGCUCCGUGCGUUCGCGAUGGCGCUAGCGGCGACGCAGCUAUUUGCUCGCCUCUCCUCGUGAGCGAACGAAGAAAGGAACGAACGAACGAACGAACUUCAGAGGGACCCCUGGGGAACGUACAACAACAACAUCGUCGACAUCGUCGUCGUCUGUAACCCUCUUCAUCUUCCUUUCCAGGCAAACUUACCACCAUCGUCAUCGUAGUCGCCACCGUAGUCGUCCUCGAAACCAUCAAGCAAAACCGGACUCACAGCAGCGAGCAACUUGGUGGCGACUCUGUGUGGAGGAGAGAGCGAGAGAGGAGAGAGGAGAGACAGAGAGACCAGCAGGCGGCUUUGCUCCACGAUUCUCGGUGGUUGUGGUUGUUGUUGAGUUGCGUUGGAUAUCCCGUCACCACCACCGCCACCACCACCACCACUCCCGUUUGGAUAAAAGUGUCGCGGACAAGAGCCGGAUCUAACCCAGAGCUCGCCCGCUUCGUCGGCGCGUCCCCACGGCCGCGCCAAUGGGGGAGAUCGAGGGCACGUACCGGCGCGUGGACACGGCGGAAGCGGCCAGGGGGAAGCCCACGCCGGUCCGAGCCACGCGGUCGGACGAGUCGGCCGCGGAGACCCACGGGAAUCUGCUGCCCAUCACCGUGCACCUGCUGGAUGACACGGAGAAGAUCUUCGACGUGCCGCCCAAGGCAGAGGGCAUCGCCCUUCUCACCACCGUCUACAAGUACCUCAACCUCGUCGAGAGCGAUUACUUCGGACUGGAGUUGGAGCCCUACCCCAAGUGCGGAUUCACGGUUUGGCUCGAUUCCCAGAAGCCCAUCGCCAAGCAAGUAAAGAAGCCAAAAAACGUCGUUUUCAAACUCGGGGUGAAGUUCUUUCCUGAAGACUCGAGCCAGCUGCAAGAGGAAAUCACAAGGUACCAGUUCGCGCUGCAGGUCAGACAGGACCUGCUCGCGGGUCGCCUGGUGGCCAGCGAGAUGUCCUCCUCACUCAUGGCCGCGUGUCUCCUCCAGGCCGACGUGAGCGACUACGAGGAGCAGCGGUCGAGUCAGCAGCUGCGGGAGGUGCAGUACCUGCCCAACCAGGAAGUCCUCGCCAACCGCAUCCUGGACUACCACCGGCAGUUCGCCGGCCUCUCUCCGGCCGAGGCGGAUGUGCAGCUGCUGGAGAUCGCGCGCCGGCAGGACACGUACGGCCUGCGCCUGCACCAAGCCUACGACAAGGAGGGCGCGAGCAUCAACCUGGCGGUCGGCUACUCCGGCGUCUCCGUCUUCCAGAACACGACCAAAAUUAACACCUUCAACUGGGCGAAGAUACGGAAGCUCAGCUUCAAACGGAAAUACUUCCUCGUCAAAUUUCACCCGGACAUUGAGGGUAACUACCAGGACACCCUGGAGUUCAGCAUGAAGGGACGAGACGCUUGCAAGGCCUUCUGGAAGGGCUGCGUAGAGAGCCACGCUUUCUUCCGCCUGCAGGACCCGCCGCGGCCCAAACCCAAGUCGGUCCUUUUCAGCCGCGGAUCGUCCUUCCGCUACAGCGGGAGGACGCAGAAGCAAGUGUCGAUGUACGUGCGCGACCACGGCAGCAGGAGGGUGCAGUUCGAAAGGAGGAGCACGAAGAUGAGGUCAUCUCAGAGCCAUCGAGCCAUCCCUGCGCACCCCCCGCAGCUCACGGCAGAGCCCCCUAAACAGAGCGCGAGCUUCUCCGAGGGGGAGAGCGGCGGACACGUGUGGGACCCGGUGUCUCUCAUCCUCGCCAAGGAAGGUUCCCUUCCGCCCAAGCAGCUGGAAACAACCAGCGACCAGCUCCCCUCCCCUACCGGCCGAGUUGACCAAGGCCCCGAUGUUCUGGUGAGUCGUCCGCGACCUCCGGGGGACCCGCAAACCGAGCCGUGGAGAGCCGACCCCCAAGCGGUGGCGGCGUCGACGUCGCCGCUGCCUUCCACCGGGACAGGGGCAGCCACGGAGCCCGCGGCAGCGGCACGGGUGGAGGAGGAGGAGGAGGCGAGGAAAAAGCGGUGCCCAGCUGAUAAGGCCUACUUCAUCGCCAAGGAAAUCUGCACGACAGAAAGGACCCACAUCAAGGAUCUAGAAGUCAUCACGGUGUGGUUUUCCAGCUUUCUGGGCCAGGAGAGCCCCAUGUCCAGGGAACUUUCCUCCAAGCUCUUCUCCUCCUUCCAACCGUUGUGCGACUUCCACCGAACUUUCCUCAAGGAAGUGGAGACCAGGCUCACUCUCUGGGAAGGCAAGUCGAAUGCCCACCUCAAGGGUGACCACGAAAAGAUUGGAGACAUCAUGCUGAAGAACAUGCAGCUGUUCAAGAGGCUGGUGUGGCCGCUCUGCGGGAUGGAGCAGGUGCUGCGUGGCCUGGAGAGCGAGGUGCAGGCCUCCCAGAAGCUCGCCGAUGCCUGCCGCACCUUCGAGCUGCAGCGCGUGUGUCACCUCCCGCUGGGCGGGUUCCUGCUGCGCCCCCUCCAGCGCCCGCUGCACUACCGCCUGCUGCUCGAGCGCCUGUGCAAGCACCACGCGCCCGACCACCUGGACUUCCGCGAUUGUCGCGCGGCGCUGGCGGAGGUGAGCGAGAUUACCUACGGGCUGCAGGACACGCUCCUCCACCUGGAGAACGUCCAGAAGCUCAUGGAGCUGCAGAGGGACCUCACCGACAUGGAAGACCUGGCAAUGCCAGGCCGGGAGUUUAUCCGCGAGGGCUGUCUGCACAAACUAACGAGAAAGGGCCUUCAACAGCGCAUGUUUUUCCUCUUCAACGACAUGUUGGUGUACACCAGCAAGUCGCUCACCACCAACAACCAGUUCAAGGUCCACGGCAAGAUGCAGCUCAGCACUCUGAAGAUCACAGCGAGCGAGAGGGAGUUCUCGAUCCCUUGCUCCUUCACCCUGUCCACCCCGCAGAAGCACGUCGUCGUGGCUGCGAACUCGCCGGAGGAGAUGGACAAGUGGGUGGAGGACGUCACGCUGGCGGCGAGGCGCGCCGCCGCCGCCGACGACGACACGGUCGGCCACGCCACGGCCGGCCGCUCGCCGUGCCGCGAGACCGACAUCGUGGACAGCCACAUCUACUCCUCCGACGACCAGGAGGACUCUGCCGAGGACGAGGCCGCGUCUCCGCGGAGCCCUCACGGAGCCUCCUCCGAAAGGCUGUCCGUUCACCAGCAGACGAGCAGCACCGUGCAAGUGUGCUGCCACCGGCAGACCAGCGUGUCCCUGCUGGACAUCAGCCGGGCGGCUGAGAACCAGCUGUCUGGCUACCUCCUGAGAAAGUUCAAGAACAACAGCGGCUGGCAGAAACUCUGGGUCGUCUUCACCAACUUCUGCCUCUUUUUCUACAAAACUCACCAGGAUAACUUCCCCCUGGCCAGCCUGCCCGUGCUGGGCUACAGCAUAACGCUGCCCUCCGAGUCUGAUGGGAUUCUCAAGGACUACGUGUUCAAGCUGCAGUUCAAGUCCCACAUUUACUUCUUCAGGGCGGAGAGCGAGUACACGUUUGAGCGGUGGAUGGAGGUCAUUCGCAGCGCCACCAGCUCGUCCGCGAGGACGCGUCUGCUCAGCCGCAAAGACUCGCAUUUCACAUAGAGAGAGAGCGAGAGGGAGUGUGAACGACCUGGGGGAGAGCCAGCGUGGCCGCGAAUAUCGACGCCUUGCCACUGUGCCACUCAACGGAACGUCGUUAGUCUUAAGACCCCCUAACGGACUCGUCUAACCACGCGCACGAUGUAAGGCGCACGGUGGUGCCAUCACCCUUAAGCAGGAGGACUUUCUUCACAAUUCCGGCAAAUCGCCCGAUGAAGCUGGUCGUUGUAAUCGCCAGCGGAACGUCGCUCACUCUCAAUUUUAAAUGUCGUGGGGGUUUUUGUUUUACUUUCCAACACACCGGUGUGCUGAAGUAGUAACUCAUCGGCACGUUUUGUUUACGUGACAACGCCUAAUUGGCUGUGUCGGGUGGUGGUGGGUAAACGACACGUUUAUAUUUACGCACUCUAACCCAUAAAACCAUUAUUACCCUAGCGAGUCUCACCGUAGGCGGGGUCGGGGUGGGGUUUGCGGUGGGAGAGAGACGGGGAUGAUAACACUAACAAAAAAAAUGUUCCUGGGUACGAAGUGUUAUUUUCCAAUUGUUUAUGCCUCA